AUGUGGUCGACCGCGACGCUGCUGCUGCUGGGUGUUUUGCUGGUGGCGCCAGCCGCAACCGCGGCCGGCCUCAACACCCGCUACGACGAGGCUACCGGACGCGUCCUGAUACUGACUGACAGGGGCGGCCAGGAGGUGGAACUGGGGUACAUCGAAGUUCCCGGAGACGAGCUGCCUCCAGCUCCGCGCCACGAGAGACGUAUGGAUGAGGAGUCCUUCGACUUUGGAAGUUCCGGGGUCGUCUUGCGGCGCCAAGACAGGGCGGGCCGCUGUUUUGAGGGCCGGCUGACGAUUGACGUUCCGACUGCGCCCAUCAGAAUGUGUCAGCGCCACCUUUCGAGUCACAUCUACGGAGGUAUCGAAUCGACCUACCAGAAGUGGCCAACGGAGCAGAACGUGUACGACCACUACGCAUACGUCACCAACAAGAGAGACCACGCCGCCAUCGCUUCGCGCUACUGGCUCUUCUCCGACGGCAGAGCCGUCCGCGUUCAUGCAAACAGUCCUCUCUUCAUCGACCAGAACACCGAUGAGACGCUCAACAAACUCUGCUUCGUUGCCCAGAAUAUGUCUCCCUACCCAGAGAACCGAACAGACAACGUGCUGCAGUUCGAGCUGUGUUCGUACGAGGACCCGAGACAGGCGCACGAGCAUGUCGUCCAGACGUACAUGGGCAAGCCCGACGCGAUCCCAGACGAACGCAUGGCAACAUAUCCCAUCUGGACAGUGGCGCCUCCAGAAGACAACGUCAGGGACAGGGUCGCCAACAUAAUUGAGCACGGAUUCGACUACAGCGUUAUCGAAAUAUCUGACAAAUGGGAAACCUGCUACGGCAGUAUGACCGUCGACACGACCAAGUUCCCCGACAUGCGUGCGCUCACGGAUGACCUCCACGCGCUAGGGUUUUCCGUCGCGUUGUGGAUGCACCCAUUUGUAAACGAAAAUUGCGAGCCUUAUUUCUCUGAGGCGCUGGCCAACGGGUACCUCGUACAGAACAGUAAUGGCAGCACGACCACUCGCUGGUGGAGGGGAUAUGGCGGCGUUGUCGACUUCACCAACCCAGAUGCAGCAGCUUGGUGGACGGACAAACUUUCGGCACUUCGCAAUGAGACAGGGAUAGACACGUUCAGGUUCGACUACGGCGAGUCCAGCUACCUGCCGCAGCCGGCGGAGAUCACGCCGGCGGAGAAGAACCCGGUGGCCAUCUCGGACGAGUACUCGAGGGCGGGCGCCCAGUUCGGGCCCAUGGUGACGCUGCGCUCCGGCGUCGAGAGCCAGCAGCUGCCGAACUUCUUCCUCAUGGACGUCAUCGACACCGCGUGGAGCGGCCAGAACGGCCUCAAGACGCUGGUGCCCAAGCUGCUGCAGCUCAGCAUGGUCGGCUACCCCUUCGUGAUGCCGGAGCAGGUGGGCGGCGCCGAGAACCACGGCGGGUACCCCACCUACGACCUGUACAUCCGCUGGCUGCAGGCCACCACCUUCAUGCCGGCUAUCAGGUUCCACGUCAAGCCCUGGGACUUCGACAACGAGACCAUGGACAUCUGCCGCAACCUGACGCAGCUGCACGCCCAGUACGGACCGCUGAUCGUCGAGCUGAUGAAGAAGGCUGCCGAGGACGGCACCCCCGUCAACAGGCCCGUCUGGUGGGUCGACCCAACGGACGCCACCGCUCUCACCAUCGACUCAGAGUACAUGCUGGGCGACGACGUGCUGGUGGCGCCGGUGGUGUCGCACAAGGCGGUCAGCCGCGACAUCUACCUGCCAGAGGGCAGGUGGCGCGACGAGGUGGACCCCGAGCACCCCGUCAUACAGGGACCCACCUGGCUGCACGGCUACGCCGCCCCCCUCAACACGCUGCCCUACUUCACCAGGGCCAGCGCCUAG